ACGAAACCGGAAGCAGAAAGGACACAACUUGCAAAAGAUUCUUACUCUUGACUUUAAUAACGUCACUGAGAUGUGUUUCACUUGAGCACGCUUUGUGCAAACUCGGAAUAUCCUAAAAGUUUUCUGCGGAGUUUUUGUAUAUUUGUUUUUGGGCCAGAAAAUGUAAAGCUCCCAGAUUUCAUCCACUGGGAAGUUAACCCAGUGUGGUGAAAUGCGCCCGAUAGAGAAAAGGGAACUGAAAGUAAUGUUUGCAAUGCUGUUCUUUCGGCUUUUCUGAAAGUCUACUGAUGUUAAAACUGACUGUGAAACCAUUCUGAGUUUGUUGUUCCCUUAUACUAUCCAUAUCACAAACUUUAGGCACCGUCCUCAUCUAACAAACAAACAUCCUCAUAGAGCUUAUACGGUUCUGCAUAUAAAAUGGAAUGUUUCUCACGCAUUAAUCACCCUGGUUACCGUUCAGAAAUUAAUAAUUUAUUAAUUAUUAACUCCAGCCAGCAGGGUGCGCAGUGACAUUUCACUCGUACUGUAACCAGCACGGCCCGAACAGUUCGUUAGGCGCGGGUUUAGGCAAAAACCGAAACUUUCUCCGAAACAUUAACCUAGGAAAUGUAUACACUUUGACCGUGCAUAAAAUGAGACCAAAUGUAAAUUGCUGAUAGUAUACGUUAAGCAUUUAUAGUUCUGUUAUCUUGAAACCUGGUUUGAGAUAUCGUUUAAUAAUACAGCAACUGUCGAAAUUGAAUUAAAUGAAGAGCUAGCUAGCUAACAGUCCAGAGCACUUGGGCCCACGUCACUUUUUAUUCGAUUUAACUUAGCUCACAUUAAUGUCACUCAAGGAAGACUAUGUCAGAGUCCGAAAAAGAGAUCUGGAAAGGUUAACAACUGAAGUCAUGCAGCUGCGCGAGUUUUUGCCUAAAGUCCUCAAUGGGGAUCUAAUUGAAUUGCUCCACAAAGCGCGGGCUGCCGAAACACUGAAGGCCUGCAAUGAGCAGGAUCAGCUGAGACAGGAGUGCCAGAAUCUCCGCUCAAGACUGGAUGCUGCUCAGAGCCAGGCUGAGGGAGAGAGGGAGGAGAAGCUGAUCCUCAGAGAGCAGCUGUGGGAGAGCCGGGAGCAGCUGCGGCAGCAGGCGGAGUUCUGCACAGAGCUGGGAGCGGCGGCCUGCACACUCCUCUGGAGCGUCUCCAGCAAGGAGGCGGCCGUGACGGACAUGCUGGCCGACGGUAAGCUGGGUCCUUUCCUGGCAGUAGCAGGCCAGACUCUGGAAAGCUUUGUGAAGUCUCUGGGGGAGGAUGGGAAGAUGGAGCAGCGGGACCUCUGUUCCCAUGACAACCAGUUUGUCCUGGCGCUGGCUGGAGUCAUCACCAAUAUUGCAGCGGUGACAUGUGGGCGAGACUUCCUGGCUUCCUCCGCCCCUGUGCUGCUGGACACGCUGACACAGCUUCUGGGCAUGAUGAAGCCAGGGGCUUGCUCCAAGUUAAAAGUGUUAAUGCUGAUGGCUCUGUAUAACGUCAGUAUCAGUGUGAAGGGGCUGCAGUACAUCAGCGAGGGCCCAGGACUUCUCCCACUCAUCUGCUGUCUGCUGCAAGACGGGGACUGGGAGGUGUGCCUCCACGCCCUGCGUCUGCUGCAGUCGCUCGCGCUGGAGGAGGCGGGGCUAGCCCCAGCGCUGAGAGAGCGCCUCCCCCUGGCCCGGAUACGCCAGCUCUCCUCCAGCCCCCACGCCACCCUGCGGCAGGCUGCCCAGGACAUGCUGGAGGACCUGCGCCACCUCGCCCCAGCUCAGCAGGCCCCGGAGAGCGGACAGCGCCCCCUACAGGAACCCGCCCCGCACUGUAGGGGAGAGAGCCCGUGGGGUGGCAAAACCACAUAAAAACACAGUCUAUUCGGUUUGUUCUCUGCACACAGUUCAAGGCAGUGGACUGUGCUGUUUGCUGCACUGUUUGCUUGCAGUAAUGCAUUAUUAUUUCAUACUUAAUGUGCAGGUGCAGUUCCACCUCAUUGGGUUGCUGUGUAUUUGUUAUGGUCAUAAAGGAAACCCUUAUAGUUUCCCUCUGGGAUCAUUCUCAUACACUGCUAUAAGUUGUGAUUGUGAUUGCAUUCCUUGCCUCAUGUUUUCAAUAAUGAGGGUUGCAUUUGUAUAAUUAGUUAUGAUAAGUUAUAUUUUUUUAUAAUUUGUUAUUAUAAUAUAAUAUUUGUGAAAACAAGUGGAGUUCUUAUCUGAAUACAAUACAAAGUUUAAAAAAAAUCUUAUUAUUACUUAGACUAUGCUUGUGUUAAAGGUUCAUUUCAGUGUUUGUAAAACAUGGACUAUUUUUCAUUGGCUAGCUGGUAGAGAGAGGAGAAUGUGUUAGAUGCAGCACACCCUGAUAGUGCACACAGUAGAGGUUGCUGGUAAAGAUAUUUUUCACUGUUGUCUCAUUGGCAUCCAAGGACACUCUGUGGCAGUUGGGAUGCUUCACAAAUACAGAUCACAUUAAAACAAACAAGUGGGCACUUGUCUUUUU